AUGACGCCACAGCGAAGAUGGCGGAUUCGCUGUACAGCGGGGUGUCAGACGAAAAAGAUCCAGAAAAUGACGAUCACAAAGGGCUAAAAUGUACCUGGGCUGCUGCAGCCAUAUCGAGGAAGACAGACGUCUCUGGGUCGGCGGCGAAAAUGACGGAAACUCUCGGAUUUUAUGAGAAGCCCGCCGUUAAAGACGAGCAGCACGAACAUUCAGACUCAGAUGACUCUGACGAGCCGUCUCUGCUGAGGUUCAUGUGUGCAGAGCUCACCAGGGGCUACUUCCUGGAGCACAACGAGGCCAAGUACACUGAGCGGAGGGAAAGGGUGUACACCUGCAUGAGGAUACCCAGAGAGCUGGAGAGGUUGAUGAUCUUCGGAAUCUUCCUGUGUCUGGAUGCCUUUCUGUACGUGUUCACCCUGCUGCCCCUGAGAACUUUACUGGCCUUUCUGAGGUUGUUGACGAUACCCUGCUGCGGCCUUGGCGCUAAUGUUUGCCCUUAUUGCAGUCGGAGCAGUGGCUCUCGGUUCCUGCAGCCGGCUCAGGUGUGUGACCUGCUGAAAGGUUUAAUAAUGGUGCUCUGUUACUCCAUGAUGCACUACGUCGACUACGCCAUGAUGUACCACCUGAUCCGUGGCCAGUCUGUCAUCAAACUCUACAUCAUCUACAACAUGCUGGAGGUGGCAGACCGUCUCUUCUCAUCAUUUGGACAAGACAUUCUAGAUGCUCUCUACUGGACGGCCACUGAACCAAAGUCACGGAAGAGAGCCCACAUUGGAGUCAUUCCCCAUUUCUUCAUGGCCGUCUUCUAUGUCUUUCUGCAUGCCAUCCUCAUCAUGGUCCAAGCCUCUACACUAAAUGUGGCCUUCAACUCGCAUAACAAAUCUCUGCUCACCAUUAUGAUGUCCAACAACUUUGUGGAAAUCAAGGGAAGUGUGUUCAAGAAGUUUGAGAAGAACAACCUCUUUCAGAUGUCCAACAGUGAUAUCAAGGAGCGGUUUACCAAUUACGUUUUGCUCCUCAUCGUGUGCCUGAGGAACAUGGAGCAGUUUUCCUGGAACUCAGAUCACCUCUGGGUGCUGCUUCCUGACGUCUUCAUGGUAAUCAUGUCUGAAAUUACGGUCGACAUCGUCAAGCACGCCUUCAUCACUAAAUUCAAUGACAUCACAGCUGAUGUCUACAGUGAAUACAAAGCCAGCUUGGCCUUUGAACUCGUCAGCAGUCGACAACAGAAUGCCUACACAGACUACAGCGAUUCAGUGGCAAGAAGGAUGGGCUUCAUUCCUUUGCCUCUUGCUGUACUGUUGAUUCGAGUGGUGAUGAGCUCAGUGAAGAUCCAGGGCGCUCUCUCAUCUGUCUGUCUGCUCCUCUUUUAUCUUGGGUUGAUAACACUGAAAGUGUUGAAUAGUAUAGUUAUUCUGGGAAAGUCCUGUCGCUAUGUGAAAGAAGCUAACAUGGAGGGUAAGCUGUUUGAAAGACCGACUGCUCAAACCUCAAAACAAACUCCCAAGAAAGCAAACCCUGCCAAAUCUCCCCCACCCUCAGCUGAACCUAAAGUGCAGCGACCCUCCACCUCCAUCACCAAGCAGCCGAGCCCAAGAGCGAAGCCUUUUCCCCCGGCUCCACCACCUGUAACUGAGGUGACCAGUGAUCCGCCCCCAGAUUCUCCUCCUAAACCAGAGGAGAGCAGCAGCGAGACGCCACAAUCUACUGAACUUAAACACAGAACUACCAAAAAAGAUCUGUUGGAGAUCGACCGCUUCACAAUAUGCGGCAACCGAAUCGGGUGAACUUUAACCCCAUCACCAUAGUAACUGCUCAGGAACGAAAGUGUAGAAGACUCAGGGUCUGAGUCUGAAAUAAUUGCAAAGGCUUUCGAGUGAGUUCUUCAGAGGUGGCAACUGUUUAACUGGAUAAUUACUCGUUUUGCCGUCCUCUCUGCUUCCAUUUCUGUGGAGUAUCUACCAAAGGAAGCAGAUCUUGUGCGUAAAGCAUUUCAAAUCAAAACAAUGAGUCUGUUCACCCUCGGCAGCCUGGCAUAUCACAUGGCAUAGAAUCUAGUAUAUGCUGCUUUAGGAUAUAUUUGUCUCAAUUUUAUCAGAAAAUCUUGAACAAUAAAUAAGGCAUGAACUUUUUAGUGGAAACUAAAAAGCAUAAAUUAUAUAGUUCUUAAACACUUGAAAAAAUCAAUUGAGUAAUUUACAGCUGAUGCAUAUAAAUAGAUAGUUAUAUU